AUGUCCUUUGGCGAAUAUCCCCCAGAAUACGAUCCGAAACAACACGGCGCUUAUGAUCCAGCUCGAUAUUAUGGGGAACAAGACACCCCAUUUGGGGAAGUGAAAAUUGGAGAACUUGGAUCGUGGCUAGCCCGAAGAGAUAAGACCCCACGUGCAAUUUUGGGUGCUGUUAGUAGAGCAUAUUGGAGAUGGCAACACAAGUACGUUCAACCUAGAAAAGGUGGAAUAGCACCAUUCUUGCAUGUAGUAUUAAUUACAAUUCUUGUAUCCACAAUCUCCUUGGGACUAACCGGAGACAUAGGGGGUGGACAUUAUGGAGGUGGAGACCUAGGAGGAGGAUACGAUGGAGGCCAUGGAGGUGGAUAUGGUGGAGGAUAUGAUGGAAGCGGCGGUUUUGGAGGUGGUGCAGGUUUUGGAGGUGGAGCAGGUGGAGGCGCUAGCGUUCAAACUAUCACCCAACAAGUACCAGUACCAGUUCCACAACCGUACCCAGUGACCGUAACUAGACCAGUACCUGUACAAGUACCACAACCCUACCCAGUAGUCGUGAACAGACCAGUACAAGUGUUAGUACCACAACCUUAUACAGUAGAGAUACCAAGACCAGUACCCGUUACUGUUACCAGACGCGUGGUUAUGGAGGCGGCAGCUACGGAGGCAGUUAUGGGGGCGGCCAUGGAGGCGGAUAUUCGAGUAGUAAUUUCGGAAAAGGCGGCGGCUACAGUUAUACCAACGUACAACUUGGUGGGCACCAAUAUGGUAGCAGCUCCAAGCACUGAUGGUAUUUCAACUGUAGAUUCAUUUUAA